CUUUCCCGUCGCAGACAGUCAGACCUGAGCCAGCCCUACACAAGCACCCAGAGCUCAGAGGCAUCAGAACAGGCCUGUGCUCACAUCAGGCUCUGAGUCUCCCUGAGGAAUUGCAGCUGCUGAAUGCUUCUCCCUGUGGCUGCGGACCUGGAGCCUUUAUAAAGUGAGCGAGCACACCAUCCUGUCCAGUCUCAGCUGGGAAGCCAGCCAGCCAUGAGGGUCUACUACCUUCUCUUUGAGUUCCUCUUCUUGUUCUUGCUGCCUGUUCCAGGCAAUAGCGGAAUCGUAAGCGGGUUUCAAAAGGAUUAUUGCAAAAGAAGAAGCGGCCGGUGUGCUCUGAUUGGCUGCCUUCCAAAUGAGGAACAGAUAGGCCGCUGUGCCCUGAGUGGCCGAAAAUGCUUCCAGAAAAAGAAAUGA